UGCCACGUUUAUGCGUUUGAACACGCGAGCGAACAGAGCCAGUAUUGCUCCUCAGUGCUUCCACGGGAGUGCGAAUUAUUCACUCCCAUAAGAAUAUGCUGGCUUUUUCUUCUUUUUUUGCUGGGUUGCAUACUGUGCAAAAUCGAGGCGUGUUGCAUCAGCUUCUGACCCUUUUUACCGGGAUUACGAUAUUGAUAGUGUCAUUUGCAGAAUAGGCUGAAACUCGCUAUAAUUGGCCAGAGCCUGUUUGGUAAGGAGGUGUACAGCAACCUGAGGGAAAAGGGUCACAAGGUGGUUGGCGUGUUCACGGUACCUGACAAGGAUGGCAAGGCUGACCCCCUUGUAAUGUCACGGUGACACUGACUACGGUAACCUGUGAUUAGACUGCCCUGCCCUCAGAUGUUGACAGAGGAACGAUAGGCAUGGUGGAGGUGGGCGGACGAGCCCAACAGAUUGAGCCUUGGCAGCGGAGAAAGAUGGCACACCAGUGUUCAAGUUCCCCAGGUGGCGAGUUAAAGGAAAACCCAUCCCCGAGGUAGUGGAGGCCUACAUGGCGGUGGAUGCUGAGAUCAAUGUCAUGCCCUUUUGCUCUCAGUUCAUCCCCAUGAACAUCAUCGAUCAUCCCAAGCACGGCUCCAUCAUUUACCACCCCUCCAUCCUUCCGCGGCACAGAGGAGCCUCAGCCAUCAACUGGACCCUGAUUGAGGGUGAUGAGAAAGCUGGCUUCACGGUGUUCUGGGCCGAUGACGGUCUGGAUACUGGACCGAUCUUGCUGCAGAGGGAAUGUGCUGUUGAACCCAAUGACACUGUGGACACGCUCUACAACCGCUUCCUGUUCCCAGAGGGCAUCAAGGCAAUGGUGGAGUCGGUGCAGCUCAUUGCUGACGGGAAGGCACCGCGAAUCCCACAGCCAGAGAAGGGUGCAAGCUACGAAGGUAUUCAGAAGAAAUCCAAUGCCAAGAUCAACCUCGCUCAGCCAGCUGAGGCCAUCCACAACUGGAUACGGGGCCAUGACAAAAUCCCAGGUGCCUGGACUGUCAUUGACGGCAAGCCAGUUACUCUCUAUGGGUCAACAAUGUUGCAAGGAUCAGUACCACCUGGCCAGCCACUGGAAAUCGAGGGAGCCUCUAAACAAAGCUUGGUGGCAAGGAAUGGGCUUGUCCUCCAUGGAAGUGAUGGAAAAGCAGUCCUGGUCAGGAAUUUGCAGUUUGAAGACGGGAGAAUGAUUGCUGCUUCAAAGUACUUCUUGUCUGGUGAAACUCAAAGUGUGGAAUUGACUGACAACGAGAAAACCGUUGUGGAGGAGAUUAGGGAUAUCUGGAAGGGCAUCCUCAGCAACAUUCCAGCCAUUGAGGACAAUACUGACUUUUUCAAGUGUGGAGCUGCUUCCAUGGAUGUGGUCAGGUUGGUGGAGGAGGUAAAGCAGCGGGCUGGUGUGCUCCUUGAGAAUGAAGACGUUUACAUGGCUACCACCUUCCAGGACUUCACUCAGAUGCUCGUCCGUAAGCUGAGAGGUGAAGAAGAGAAGAGCGAUCUGGUCAUUGACUAUGCAAUCCAAGAGGUGAACAACAUGACGGUGAAAAUGCCAAACCAGUGUUUUAUCGAUGGCUGUUUUGUGGACGCAGAAAAUGGCAAGACGUACGAUACCAUAAAUCCAACUGAUGGAUCGGUCAUCUGUAGGGUGUCCUAUGCUUCAGUGGGGGAUGUGGACCGUGCAGUGGCAGCUGCUAAGCAGGCUUUUGUUAAUGGGCCCUGGGGAAAGAUGAACCCAAGAGACAGAGGAAGUCUGCUUUACAGGCUUGCUGACCUGAUGGAGCAACACCAGGAGGAACUGGCCACUAUUGAAGCAAUGGACUCAGGAGCUGUGUACACACUGGCCCUGAAGACUCAUGUGGGCAUGUCUGUCCAGACAUUCCGCUACUUUGCUGGCUGGUGUGACAAGAUUCAGGGCAAGACAGUCCCCAUUAACCAGGCCAGGCCAAACCACAAUCUCACCUUUACGAAAAAAGAACCAAUAGGCGUCUGUGCCAUCAUAAUCCCUUGGAACUACCCCCUCAUGAUGUUGGCAUGGAAAAGUGCUGCCUGCCUUGCAGCGGGAAACACACUUGUUCUGAAACCGGCACAGGUAACGCCACUGACAGCCUUGAAAUUUGCUGAGUUAUCAGUGAAAGCUGGUAUCCCAAAAGGAGUCAUCAACAUAGCACCAGGCUCAGGAGGAAUGGUGGGGCAGCGAUUGGCUGAUCACCCAGAUAUCCGCAAGCUGGGUUUCACCGGUUCAACACCCAUUGGCAAGCAAAUCAUGAAAAGCUGUGCACUCAGUAACUUAAAGAAAGUUUCUCUGGAGCUGGGAGGGAAGUCACCGCUCAUCAUCUUUAGUGACUGUGAUAUGGACAAGGCUGUUCGUAUGGGCAUGAGCUCCGUGUAUUUCAACAAAGGGGAAAACUGCAUUGCUGCUGGGCGUCUUUUUGUUGAAGAGUCAAUUCAUGAUGAAUUCAUCAGCCGUGUGGUAGAGGAGAUCAAGAAGAUGAAGAUUGGAGACCCACUGGAUCGAUCCACAGACCACGGCCCACAGAAUCACAAAGCCCAUUUGGACAAGCUGCUGGAGUACUGCGAGGUUGGCGUAAAGGAAGGAGCCACAUUGUUGUAUGGAGGCAAACAGGUUGAUCGUCCAGGUUUCUUCAUGGAGCCGACCGUGUUCACUGAUGUGGAGGAUCACAUGUUCAUUGCCAAAGAGGAGUCCUUUGGCCCUGUCAUGGUUGUGUCCAAAUUCAAAGAUGGAGAUGUGGAAGGUGUGCUGCAGAGAGCCAAUGACACUGAGUAUGGCCUGGCUUCAGGCGUGUUUACCGCUGACAUUAACAAAGCCAUGUACGUGAGUGAACGCUUGGAGGCUGGAACAGUGUUCAUCAACACCUACAACAAGACUGAUGUGGCCUCACCUUUUGGAGGCUUCAAGCAGUCUGGCUUUGGAAAAGACCUUGGAGAGGAUGCGCUCAUGGAAUACCUCAAGACCAAAGCAGUGACUGUGGAAUAUUGACAUAAUCUUAUUAUAGUCUUUUUCACACCGCAGCUCGAUGGAAAGGAAUAUUCUGCAACACUUCAGCAUCAUUGUUGUUCCAUCAAAACGUAUUUUAGAAAACCACAACACAAUCGACUGCUACUCCACCGAUGAACAGUCUUAUGCUCCUGAAGGACUGCACACACAAGGGCGAAAAUUUCGCAAAACUUGCACCCCUGCUAUGUCUGUGCUUUUACUUUUGUGACAAAUACGCCACAUGGUGGCGCUGUUAUUAACAACAUUUGGUGCAGACCUUAAAGGGAUAGUUGGGAUUUUUUGCCAUGAAGUUGUAUGAUACCCAUUUUGUUGCCUUUCGCUGGUUUCAGUAUGGAGUUGAGUCUGUGCAGUACAGAUAAAUCAAUAAAACAUUUCUGUCCCCCAGCAGGGGCAUGACAGAGAAUCACUGCCUUAA